AUGCGGUACAAAAUCGCACGCAUUUACGAUUUUCGGCAUUUUAAGAAGACCUGCGCGAAAAAAGCGAAGAGGAAAAAAGGAAAAAGGAAUGUGCAAAUCGAAGCCCACGAGCUACAAGAAGCGAUAAAAAAUCUGACGAGCACAGUCGAAAUUGCGCUGAAAAAUUUAGGAAAUGAAGCGGAUCAAUCAACAAACAUCGAUCACGUCAACGAAGAGGGGGAAGGCGCCGCCGCAAAGGUCGAGGAAGAAGCCCCGAGAGAAGACAAUAACAUGGUAAAAAAGCAGGUAAAUGAAGAUGAGAGGAAUGACGCCGCCGCGGAGCUCAAAGAAGAAGCCGUGUCAGUCGAAGAAGAGAAAAAAGACGAACGUGCGCAGCUGGGCUACGAAGCCAGAACCAUUCAAAGUAAUCGGGACUAUAUCAAAAAAAAAACGGAAAUUGAGAUGGAAGACGCAUCCCUAUCUGAUGAAGUGGAUGAGGCCAAGGAACACCAAGAAGUGGGAAUUAUGGAAGAGCCGGUCAGAGAAGCAUCAGAGAGGGAAGAGCUUUUGACACCAAAAGAAGCUCGGCUGCACGACGAAGAGCUCUUGAUUGCGCUGGAGGAGCCUUAUGCAAGAAGGCCUAUGACAGAUGUUCCCACUGUCAUGAAACAGGGCAAAACUCGGCCCUGUGCGAACUGCCCGCACGAGCCAGGACAUUUUCCAACGACUGGAACAAGCAAAGGAGUUUAA